AUGGCUUCCGCAGAUGUGAUCGUUCUAUCGCUGAAGCUUGCCAAGCAGCGCAAGCCUCGCCCACCACAGCUGCGGAAGGAAGAAGAAAAAGGACCUGGUGCUGGCAGCCAGGAGCCAGUGGAGCUUCACAACGUGAAGCAAGAAGUUGCGACGGACAUCCAGGCACCGCCGAAGGAAGGAACAAAAGACGAGCUGCAGGACAUGAAAAACGAAGUAAAAGCGGAGGCGUCCAAGGUCAUGAAGGAGAAAGUCAAAGAUGAGAUCACACGGAAGGACACGAAGAAGGAGGUGAAACAGGAGGUCUCGCAGGAUGUGCACAUGGACAUGAAGCCAGAGAUCAAAGAGGAGGCAUCCAAGAACAUGCCGCAAGAAGUCAAAGAGGAGCUCCCAAAGAAGGUCAAGGCUGAGAUCAAGCAUGAGGUGAAGCAAGAGGACCACGACUUUCAGCGCCGGGUGACUGGCGUGAAGCGCGAGCUGGUGGAUGAAGAGGAGCAAGUGUGUGUGAAGGAGGAACAGGCUGAGCAGGCUGGUCCAAUCCAAGACGCCAAGAGGCGUCGCAUCAGCCAGAAGAGAUCUGACACGUCAGUUCCACCCUUCGAGUCGCGAUUGGCAGAGUGGGCCGAGAAAUGCCUAGCAUUUCAAUCCUCUGGCAAGACGUGGCUCCCCACGAAGCCCUGCUGUCCGGCCAGCCCGUUUCUCGGAAUAGCAGGCGCUCCGUGGCAAGGAUGUAUAAGAGACACAGCAACGGCAUGCGUGCAGCUCCUCGGCAAAGAGCAGUUCAGAGAGUUGCGCGACUUCUACCGCGAGAAUCCACACCAUGCCCUCUUCCAUGACACCAGUGACCCAAACAGCGAGCGACAGACAGAGCCUACUGCUGGAUCCAGACCGCAGGCCCACAGGAGCUCAACCGGCAAUCAGCAUCGAGCAGCUGAGUGCAUGAAGAUGUGGCCUUGGAUGCGGGACCUUCCCACGCGAGCUUGGGCUGGCAAUGGCUGGCUGCUCGUGGAGGACGGCAUGAUGAAGCUCUCGCCGACCGGCGGGGGCUCAGCCAUGCAGGGCCUCGAGAUCUUCGAGUCCUUUGGCUCCGUCCCGGAGCCCGGCGAGCCGAAGCCCUUGGAGUCGACGAGCCAGGUGGAGCCCAGAGCUGAGGGCGAAGAAGUCGUCACCAAGAACUUCCGAGGCCUGGAGCGCCAGAGCGGCAUCCAAAAUAUCUCUUGGAGGAUGGAUUUGUCGGCCUGGCGGAUUCAAUUCAAGAAAGCCGGCAAGGUGAAGGUUUUCAAUUUCCCCAUCUCCAAGCACAUGAAGCUCGGGCUCAGCGAGGCCGAAGCCUCGGAGGCGGCCCUCGAGGAGGCCAAGGCUUUCCGCGAGGAGCUCGUGCGCCUGGGCAAGCUGAAGCCACCGAAGCCCAUCACGGAGAAGGCCUCCGGCUCCACGGUGAGGGGAAUUAAGUACAACAAGAAGGCUGGAACUUUUCGGGUUCAAAUGACAGAUCCUUCCACCAGGAAGCUGGUCCAUGGUGGCAUGUUCAAGGUGAAGGAGGAGGCGGAGGCCAGGGCCAGGGACCUGGCCAAGGAGUUGGGGGUGGAAUCCGAGGGCGGAGUGGUGCCGGUGAAGUCGCUCUCAGAGCUCCCACACUUCGAGCCGCUCGGGCCUCAGAAGGGCAUCAAGUGGAACCGUGGGGAGCAGGCCUGGCAUGCAACUUGCACUGUUGCAGGCAAGCUGAGGCACAUGAGGUUCCGCCCGAAGGACUUCUCGGCAAAGGAGGUGGAGAAGGCCUGGAAGCAGGCCGUGGCCUGGCGCAAGCAGCAGGAGAAGGAGAGCGAGCGGGCGGGGCAGUCCCAGAAGCGGAAGCGCUGA